UUUGGGAAAUGUUCAGGGUAGUUCGGAGCGGAGCUCAUUCUCUGUCUAGGCCUUGCACUGUCAACAUCCCUAGUGUUUCUAAAUUUUGUAGUUUUGAAAUUGAAACGUUGUUUUGUCCAAUUUGACGAGAAAAAAAUUACUUGCAAAAGCUAGCCAAGAAAUAGCCAUGGAUGGGUACUACAAUGGCAGCGGUUAUGGCAAUAUCUACGCUCAGGGGUCAUCGCAGGGUAACAGCUACGGUUACGGCUCCUCUGGGAUGUGCUCCAACGGAGGUUGCUCCAAUGGAAGUUGCUCCAACGGCAGCUGCUCUAUGGGGAGUUGCUCGAACGGCAGCUGCUCCAAUGGAAGCUGCCUCAACGGUAGCUGCUCCAACGGAAGCUGUAUCUCCGGCCGGUGCACUCGCAUGUCGGCAGGAGGUCAAUUUGGCUUCUGUUCCGGUGGCAGCUGCGGACGCGGUGCAGCGGGCAGAUCGGGAGGUAAACCAGCGUGGAACUCAAAUUGGAAUGGACGCCAGCACUAAAGAGCUGAGCGGCUCAUCGAGGCGCAGGAACGCUCCGUCGACUGGCAAAACAACGUUACAAAUUUCAAGCUAAUUCGCUAUCUACUCGUGACCAACUUGUAAACAUCUGUCGCGCCAUAACACUACAGUAUUCUGACUGCCUGUAAUAGACUAUAAAAGAUAGAAAAUUAAAAAAAAUUGUUAUACCCG